GACUGUUGAAGAGACAACUCUUAAUUUUUUGAAAAAUAAUCAUUUGUUGUGGAAUCGAAUUCUGUUUUGACUGUUUUUGGGAAAUAUAUUUUGAUAAUUGGAAAAGAAUAAAAAUGAGUUUUCGUUCUUUACAAACAGAUCGUGAACACUCUACAGAAAAUGUUCAGCUUCACAGGCAGCUGUGUAGACAGAGGUCAAAUUCUACUCCAACUUUGUGUAAUGUGGCAUCUGGAGACGUUAAUGCAAAAGACAGCAAAGGUCGUACGUUGUUGUAUUAUGCUGCUAAGUACGGACAGACGGAAAUAGCAAGAUCGUUGUUAGAAGCUGGAUGUGAUCCUAAUAUUACUGACUGUAACAAAAGCACUGCUCUCCAUGAAGCCACUGAUGGUUCUCACCUUGAUGUGAUCAAGUUACUUAUCAAAAGUGAAUGUGAUUUGAAUAUUAAAAAUCUACAAGGACAGACGGCAUUGAUGAGAGCUGUGUUGUUUGACGAUAUUGCAACUGUAAAGACUCUCCACAAAGCAGGUGCAAAUGUUGACGAAACAGACUGUACAGGAAAAACAGCUUUACUUAUUGGACUCCAAGAAGGUAGAGAAAAAUCCUGUGUAUAUCUCAUAAAGCAUGGAUGUGAGGUGAACAUCGUGGAUAAAUUAGGACAAACAGCUCUAUAUCUUGCCACACACACAACUGUAAAAUGUUCACCAAGUGUGUGUAAAAAACUGAUCAGCGCUGGAUAUAGACUUGAUAAUGAUUCCGAGUGGUUACCUAAAGACUUACUGAAAGGUCUUACUGAACGAGGAAGGAAUAUUGUUGGUCGUUUCUUAAGUAUUUUCAAUAAGAAGAAACAACCGUGUAAUCUAGACUUUGUUCCGGAGGAAAGUGAGGAAUUGGAAUUUCCAAACUUUCGAAUAUUAGACAUCUGCACUUGAAUACAGUUUCAUUGAACAUGUUGAAAGGAAGAAAGUGCGUAAGACUAAUUUUAUCUUGCCGAUAUGUACAUUUCGAUUACCUUAUUUAUGAUUUUGAAUGUGAAGCAAUGGUCAAUGAAAUCCAAGACUCUAAUAUUGUAUUUAUAUAAUAAGAAAUUCAGUAUUAUAUUUAAACUAUUUAUUUGACAAAUUGAUUACAUGUACAUGUAUGUGUAUA